AUGACUGAACAGAUCAACUUUUCUCUCUCCCAACUAUCUCUGCAAUCCCCAGGUUCUGCGGGAGAGGAGGACUGGGACCGUUCUAUGCAGCUGCAGUCCGAACCUGAGCUGGACAGGCGGACUCCGCGGAACUCUGUCGUGUUCCCUGGCAACACAGAUAACAGUGGGGAGGGGGAUACGGGCGAUGCUCCGGGGCGUACGCAUGGUCAGUCUACUGGCGGAGGGAAGCCGAAGAGGACACUAAGCGAGCUGCUGCGACUGCAUGCUGCGAAUGGUCCCGACGGGACGUUUAGCCCCGAGGAGGCCAAUAGGGUGGCAGAAGUUUUGGGACAGUGGAUCAACUCUUCCUCUUCACCUUACGAGUCCGAAGAUGACUUUUUUACUCCUCAUUCGAUACUCACGUUCGACCACGAGGCCAAAGUGCAAGCGUUGCCGGUCAAUCAUGACCGGGAUGCCAAGGCGCCGGUUGUCUCAUCCAGCGAUCCUUCGAACCAUCCUAGACUUUCUUCAUGCUGGCCACUAGACAUCUAUAUUCCUUCAAAUGUUGCGACCAUUUACGACGUGUCACGACGUUACGACCUUUCAUGA